UUCCAGGGUUUCGGAAGCUUGCAGUUCAGUUGGGCAUCUCUCUCCUUGGAUUACAGUGGCGUUGGAAUUCAGUUGUUUUCUUACACGGGCAUCCCUUGCUCGGUUGCUUGCAAGAAAGCUGAGGAAUUUGGGUAGUAUCUUAUAAGGUAAAUAAACCUGCUAGAUGUGCACGACAAAAUCUGUUGAAGCCAAAACUUCACCGAGUAGUGAUCGAGUGACCUGAAUCUGACCUCCCCAGCAGGCCGGAGAACCAAAGAGUUCUCCCAUGGCGACGGCCGCGUCCACCACCGGCGGCGGCGGGCGGCUGUCGCGGUCCGCCUCAGCCAUCGUCGCCGUCACCGAGAGCGGCCAGCACCUGCUGAGGAUCGACGGCUACUCCCACACCAUGGACGUCCCCACCGGCAGCGACAUCAAGUCCCCGCCCUUCCGCGUCGGAGGCCACAGCUGGCGCAUCUGCUACUACCCCAACGGCCUCAGCUCGGCCUGGACCGAGUACAUCUCCCUCUUCCUCCAGCUCGGCGGCGACGCCCCGCAGGGCGUCUGGACCCGGCACACGUUCAGCCUGCUCGGCCGCGAGGGGAAGCCGGUGCCGUACUUCACCAACAGCGGGAAGAAGAUCUUCACCGACUGGGGCACCUCGGCCUUCAUCAGGAGGAGCGAGCUCGAGAGGUCCGAGCACCUCCGGGACGAUAGCUUCACGAUAAGGUGCGACGUCACGGUGGUGAGGGAGAUCCAGACGAAGACCGUCGACGUCGGCGCAGCCCCGGUGGUGCCGCCGCCGGACCUGCACCGCCACCUGGGCGGCCUCCUCGCGACCGGGGAGGCCGCGGACGUGGCGUUCGAGGUGGACGGCAAGACUUUCAUGGCGCACCGGUGCGUGCUCAUGGCUCGAUCCCCGGCGCUCCGCGCCCAGCUCUCCGGCCUGUCCGAGGAGAGCGCGGACGCCGGCGGCGGCUCUACCAUCGCCGUACGGAUCGAGGACAUGGAAGCGCAGGACUUCGAGGCUUUGCUCCGAUACAUGUACACCGACUCGUUGCCGGAGAUGGGCGAACAAGGGGAAGCCGCGGCGAUGCUCCCGGACCUGGUGGCGGCAGCGAACAGGUACGGGAUGGAGAGGCUGAGGCUGCUCUGUGAAGACAAGCUGCGCGAGCUCGUGGAUGCGAGGACCGUGGCGGCCAUCCUCGCGUUCGCCGGGGAGCACCAUUGCCACGGGCUCAAGGAGGCAUGCUUGCGAUUCCUCAGCGAUCCGGAAAAUCUAAGAGAGGCCGUGAAGACCAACGGCCUCGAGCAUCUGAGCAAGAGCUGCCCCUCUGUUUUGGUGGACCUAAUCGCCAAGCUUGCUGCAGAGUAGCUAGCCCAUGUCGUUCUAUUCAGUGACAUGAACUAUGAUGCAUCAAGAUACUACUAUGUAAAUAGUCAAGCAGUGGUAUUAAAUAAAAAUGAUUA